AAGCUGACGGGCUCCAAAGCAGCAGCCGAGCGGUGACCCGAUGGGGCUGCUGAAGGUGGGGACGCCGCUCCAUUGGAAGGACUCGCUGGAGCACUGCAACUAUGUUCGUCACCAUGGCGUCCUGCAGUUCAUCGCCACCUUCCGGCGCCUGCGGCACUUGGAGAAUGACCGCCUCUUCUAUGGGGAUGAGAUCGAGUACUCCUUGCUGAAGGUGGAGAAGAGUGGCAAGAGAGUGUUCCUGAGCCUGCGGGGCCCAGAGGCGAUGGAGUCUUUGAGGGGCUCGGAGCAGGACAUCCACGCCUUCAGGGGCUGCACUUGGCACCAGGAGUAUGGCAGCUGGAUGCUCGAAGGCACCCCGUCCCUGCCCUACGGGGGCUACACCAUGAGCCUGGCCUCCGUCGAGCAGAACAUGCGGCUGCGGCGGGGCCGGCUGCUCUCUGCGCUGAAGCAGGACGAGAUCGCCCCCACCCUGGUGACGUUCCCACUGAUGGGCGUCUCAGACUUUGUGCGCCCUGCCGCGCCGCCGGGCGGCGAGGCCUCGCAGUCCGACUUCGUGCCCGACGCCUGCAUCAACCCCCACCCCAGGUUUGGCACGCUCACGGGCAACAUCCGACGCCGGCGCGGGAGCAAAGUGGACAUCCGAGUGCCGCUGUUCAAAGACGAGAAGACGCCCGAGUUUGCAACAGAAGAGAAGCCAAUGGUCCACAUGGACUGCAUGGCUUUUGGCAUGGGAUGCUGCUGCCUCCAGGUCACAUUCCAAGCCAGCGACAUCGACGAGUCCCGGUUCCUCUACGACCAGCUGGCCGUUCUGGCGCCCAUCAUGAUGGCCCUCACGGCAGCCACUCCCAUCGUCAAGGGCCGGUUGGCGGCCACGGAUGUGCGCUGGAGCUUGAUCAGCCAGUCCGUUGAUGAUCGCACGCCCGCGGAAAGAGGGGAAGCUCCUGGGACCCCGGACCCCCGCUUGGCUGGCAACGGGGUCAGGAGACAGAGCAAGAGCCGCUAUGACUCCAUAUCGACCUACAUUCACCCGGGCUCCAAAGGCUACAGCGACAUCCCUUGCGAAAUCGACGAGGAGAUGGAGAGCUUGCUGCUCAAGGAGGGCAUCGACGAGACAAUGUCCAGGCACAUCGCCCACCUCUUCACCCGGGACCCCUUGGUGAUCUUUGAGGGCCACGUGGAGUUGGACGACGACAGCACCACGGACCACUUCGAGUCGAUCCAGUCGACAAACUGGCAAACCGUCCGCUGGAAGCCCCCGCCCAUGAAGGCCCACGCUUGCUCCCCCCAUGUUGGGUGGCGUACGGAGUUCCGAUCCAUGGAAGUGCAGCUCACGGAUUUCGAGAACGCCGCCUUCACAGCCUUCAUCGUGAUCGUCACGCGGGCGAUCCUGGUGUUCAACCUUAGCUUGCUGCAGCCCCUGUCCAAGGUGGACGAGAACAUGGAGCGGGCCCACGGCACGGACGCGGCUCAGAAGGCGAAGUUCUGGUUCCGGAAGCACAUCUUGCCAGAGGAAGCCGACGAUUUGAUCCAGGACAUUUGUCCUGGCCAGACGCCCGUGACGCCAGAGCAGAAGUCCUGCCAGUUUGAGGAGAUGACCAUGAGCGAGAUCAUGUCCGGGAAAAGUUGCUACUUCCCGGGCCUUUUGCCAUUGUGCUACGCGUACUUGGAGCAUAUCGGCUGUGACGAGGUCUCUUUCCGCCGCCUGGACACGUACUUGAAAUUCAUCAAGGAAAGGGCAGAGGGGACCCUGAUGACCCCAGCUGCCUGGAUGAGGAAUUUUGUCCGUACUCACCCUGACUACAAGAAGGAUUCCGUCGUCUCAGAGAGCAUUGCCUUUGACCUGGUACAUGCUUGCAACGACAUCGGCCUGGGCAAGCGUGAUUGUCCGGAGAUCCUAGGAGAGGUGUUCAUCGACCCCAUUACGCCAGAGGGCCAGUACGAGACACCUCUCUACGGAGAGCGCAUGGGGCCAGAAGAGCGGCGCGGGUUGCUCAACAAGAUCAUCCGCCGGGCCGCGGACUGCGACGGGAGCUUCUCGGCGCCCAGCUCGGCGGGGCUGCGGCGCCAGAGCAGCGGGGAGAUCGAGAAGAAGAUGUCGAUGAAAUCGGAAAGGGGCCCGGACGCGCCGGUGGUGAUGGAAGUCAUCACCGAGGGCUACCCUCGCUGAGCCAUUGGCUGUGGGGCUGCCCCCAGCUGCAGAUCUCCUGGCGCGCCUCAUAGCUGGCAGCGCAGACUGGGCUCAGUCCGAAUGAAUUCGCACCCGUCUCCGGACCGGCAGUUUUCAAAGCCACGAGAAGGGCCGCCCGCACCUCUUUGCACGUGUCCCGGCUGUGCUUGAUCCGCAUAAAGCCAGGGAUGCGCUGCUUGCUUUCGCGGCUGAAGUUGGGUACAGGUCAAAGGUUACUUUCCUUUUCUGUUGGUCCCCCUU